AUGAAACGUGGACAGCUGUUCAUGGCAUCUCCAGCAUUCUCCCUCAAUUCCUUAUUCAUUGCUCUUGUUGUGGCACUUUUCUUCGCCGUCGCCGCCGCUCAAACAUCGGCGCCUGCGCCAGGACCUGAUGCCGGAGCUGCUGGAUCCGUUUCUAAUUCGUUCGCCAUUAUUGGAGCUUCCAUUGUUGUUUCAAUGUUGGCCAUAUUCAAGCACUGA